AUGGGAGCAGAGUGGGACAGGGUCCUUGGUCUGCCUGUAUGCGUAGGCGAACAACUGAACGAAGGAGGCCAGCAGUGGGAAGGGGAUGGCGUGUACCCUUCAGACGGCGAAAGAGGAAUUAAUGAAGUGGCAGUGAAGAGUCGGAAAUGUGUUCACCACCGAUUGUUCCACAAUUAUGACGAGCCUGAAGUUGGAUUGCCGGGACUUCAACGCAAGCCUCCGUUUUUGACCAGACACGAGACAUUUUGGGCAGAGGAGAUAAAUCAACCGAAAUGGGAGGAUCUAUUGAGACUGAACAAAGAAGCGGCACGUGUCUCUUCCUGUGUCGAGGCUGUUUCCGGGUUCACCCCCUUCGCCAGGGCGCCACUUCAGAGCUGCCGAUCUUCUGUUUUCCUGAAGCCGUGGUACCCAGGCCUGACUUUCUUUACACUUUCGGCUGUUGAACUUCGACUCCUCAGAUCGAGUCAGGGCAGCCUGCAGUGGGAGACUAGUCGAUGUCCAGACUGA